CAUGCGAUCUGAUCAGAUCUAGUAGCUAGUGGUGUUCAAGCUUAACUAUUCUGCUGUGUUUAUCUAUUUUGCUGAUUCUUUACAUAUCGAAUAAUUUGAUAUUAUCUUUGAAUGGUGGAUUGUUAAAUUAAACGUCACUUUGUGAUUCAUUACCGAUACAGAAAGGCUGACUUUAGCGAGCUAACGUUAGCUACCGUAGGCAGCAGAGAGCGAUGGUGGCGCAGACUAUAUUCGUGGGUUCUUUGCCAGCUUCUGCUACAACGGAACGCCUUGAGGAGAUAUUCUCUGAAAUCGGUCCGGUAAAGAAAUGCUUCGUGGUCAGAGAGAAAGGCACAGAAACAUGUCGGGGAUUUGGCUAUGUCACGUAUUCCAUGGAGGAAGAUGUGCAGCGAGCUUUGAAAGAAAUAAUAAAAUACGACGGAAAAAAGCUUUCUCUGACCUUGGCGAAGAGGAAAAUCAAAGACAAAAAGAAAACUGCACCAAAAGAGCGACCAGCUGCACCAAAUAAAAAUGAGCAGCAACCCCAAAGCUUCAGGAAAAAACAACUGAAAUCUAAACUCAUCAUACGGAACCUCAGUUUUCAGUGCUCAGAAGAAGAUCUGAAGCAAGUAUUCGGCAAAUUUGGAACUAUUCUUGAGGCCAAAAUUCCCCUAAAACCUGAUGGGAAGAUGCGAGGAUUUGCUUUUGUCAUGUUUAAAAAUAUGUCUGAGGCUGGAAGAGCCCUUAAUGCUAUGAACCUGAGGGAGAUUAAAGGUCGACAGGUAGCAGUUGACUGGGCUAUACCUAAGGACAUAUUUACUGCCACACAGCAAUCCUCACAUGCAGGAAAUAAAAAUGUAAAGGUGGAAACUGCAAAACAGCCAGACACAGAGGGUGAUGCUGAAGACGGCAACGAAGAAAAGAAACGAGCAUCAUCUGUGAAGAAAAAAAUUACUUUGAAAGCAGCAGUGCAGCAGGUGGAGGAAUCCCAGUCAGAUGAUGAUGAUGAAGAUGAUAAUGAGGAACAAGAUAGUGAGGAGGAUGAUGAUGAUGAUGAUGAAGGUGAUAGGGAGGAACAAGACAGUCAGGAGGAGGAUGAUGAUGAUAACAAGAGUAGCCUUGAUUCAAAUGAUGAUCAGGAUCAAAGUCAGGAUGAUGAUGAUGAUGAUGAUGAAGAUGAUGACGACGAAGGCGGUGAAUCAGCUAAAAAGAAAACCUUGAAGAAACGUCUCCCUUCAGAUGUGAAAGAGGGCAGAACAGUUUUUGUCAGGAACCUGUCCUUUGACACAGAGGAAGAGGGUCUUGAGGAAGUUCUCCUACAGUAUGGAGAGCUUAACUACAUUAAGAUUGUUCUCCACCCAGACACACAGCAUUCAAAAGGUUGUGCAUUUGCUCAGUUUAAGUCUAAAGAGGCUGCAGACAGAUGCAUAGCUGCUUCACAGGAUGAGGCAGAGAGUGGUGGCAUCCGUGUAGAUGGCAGAAAGCUAUUGAUUGUGGCAGCAGUGUGCAGGGAGGAUGCUGCCAAGCUGAAAGUGAGCAAGGCGAAAGUAGAAACAGGCACCAGGAACCUGUACCUGGCCAGAGAGGGAUUGAUCCGUGCUGGGACCAAGGCUGCAGAGGGUGUGCCUGAAGCAGACAUGAUCAAAAGAGCCAGAUUUGAAGAAAUAAAGAGGGCCAAGCUUCGGGACCUAAAUGUGUUUAUGUCUAAGACUCGCCUGUGUGUCCAUAAUCUACCCAAGUCGGUGCACAGUAAAAAACUCAGAGAACUCUGCCUUCAAGCCGUGAAAGGAGUCAAGGGAGCCCGCAUUACCGAAUGUCGAGUGAUGUAUGACAGAAAGCCAGAGAAGGGUCAGGUGAUGGGACAAUCGUUGGGUUAUGGCUUUGUUCAGUUUGAGGACCACGAACAUGCUCUCAGCACACUCCGUUACCUCAACAACAACCCUGACAUUUUUGGCUCACACAAGAGACCUAUUGUGGAGUUCUCUCUGGAGGAUUUAAGGAAACUCAAAAUAAAAGAAAUGCGACGACACAAAAGCAAGGGACCUUUCCAAAGGCGAGAGUUGCAGACAGCUGGAGAUGGAAAAGGACCUAGACAAGGUGGAAGUAGACCACAGCCCACAUCAGAGCAGACAGUAAAGGACAGCGCUCCUCCUCAAAGCCAGAAGGACAGACACUACUCUGGCUUUCGUACCAACCCUGAGGUUGAGCACAUAGAUCUGGAGGAUGGAAAGAAAAGAAAGAAGGUUCUACCUUUUCCUUCUCAUCGAGGACCUAAGCUCAGAAUGCGUGAUAAAGGAAAGCAGCAGGCCCCACCACCCAAGAAAUCAAGACCUGGAUCCAACAGAAGAGAGCGUCCAAGAGGACAGAUGGAAAAGCCCAUACAGCCCAGACACCAGAAGGGUAAAGCAGCAAAGAAGCAUUUCAGAAGUAGGGAUGGGGAUCGUUUCGACAGCCUGGUGGAGCAAUACAAGAAGAAACUCAUGGGAAACUGUGAUAAAAAUACUGGUAUCAAAAGAAAUAAGUGGUUUGACAGUUAGGUGUGUGUGUGCGCUUGUGAGAGUUAAGUAUUUGAGGGUUACCACAACAGAGGUCCUGUAUAUUUGAUAUCCUGAGGUUUUAGAAUAAAUACAGUGGCUCUCAUAAAUGUGUUUUGUGUUAUAUUGUACAUUACCUAAUGAUCCUGUUAAACCGUACUGUCAUGGAUCUUAUUCUUGCAUUUCUAAUCCAUGCUCAUGUUUUUUUUAUUUUUAUUUUUUAAAUAAUGAACAAUGUAAGGAUACAGGUUUUUUGUGGUCUUUUUAUGAAAAUACAUUAAAUGUACCUGAUACCUAUAUUUGUUUUAUUGGUAAUAUUUACAUAUUUUUAUUAAAUUUAUAUUUGUUGCAGGGUUCAGAGAGAUGUAAGUUCAUGUUAACACCUGCCA